AUGAGGAAAAAGAAUAAUACAAAAAAGAUCGCUGAAAAAACGAAGGAACCUAAUAGUAAUAAUACACAUAAUGAAACCACCAAUUAUUUCAACAUAAGCGAAAUAAAAGAAUUAUAUAAUAACAAAAAUAAUAAUAUAUAUGAAAAAAUUUUUGAUAACAAUAAUAAUGAACAAUGUGGACGUAAAAGAAAAAGAAAAAAAGAAAAUAUAGUAUGUGAAAAUAGCAAUAAUUUAUCUUCUAUAUAUAAAAAAAAACAAAUAAAGCAAAUAAAUAUAUUAUAUAAUAAUAAAAAUGAUCAUCAUCAUAAUAAAGAACCUAUUACACAAUCAGAAUCAUAUCAUUAUUUAUAUAACCCUUCAUUUAUUAAACGAAGUAAAACAAAUAAUGAAGUGAACACAUUAACAAAUAUAAAAAAUAUAAAUAUAAAUAUAAACAAUACUGAUCCAUAUAGUAAUAAUAAUUUUCCAUAUUCUAAUAGAAAAUUUGAUCAGACAUACAAGAAAUCAUCAUCAACAUAUAAUACAAGAGAUAUCAAUAAAAAUUAUAAAAUUAUAAAUGAAAGUAGCAAUUUACAAAAGAAUUGUAAUAUAAACAAAAAUUAUAACAUCAAUCAUUCAUUGAAUAAAUAUGAUUUUAUUAGAUUUGUUUGUUCCCCAAAUAAAAGCAAACAAAAAGUUAAUGAUAUGGAUAGUCCUAUAAAAAAGGUAGAAACAAAAGAAUAUUGUAAAGAAACCAGUUUAAUUAAUACAUCCAAUCAUCAAAAUAAUAAAAUAGAUGAUGUUAUAUACAUAACAAAUAAGGAAAACCAAGAUAAUUAUAAAAAUAAUAUCAAUCAAAAUAAAAACAAAAUAGAUAUCACCACACAAGAUGAAAAUAUAACAAAAGAAUCACAAAAAAUCAAAAAUGAUAGAAAUAUAAAAAUGGAUAAAAAUAUCCAAGCUGAAAAAAAAAAAAUCGAAAACUCUUCAAAUGAUAAUAUACCAUUGAUAGAUCUAAAUGAUGAAGAAUCAAUAAAUAGAUUAAGCAAAAACUUUUUUAUAAAUAACAAGAAAUUUUUUAUAAAUGAUAUUAGUAAGGAUAAACUAUCAAACGAUUCAAUAAAUAAAUAUUAUGAAUAUGGAAAUAUAUCUCCAUAUAAAUUGGGAAGUCACUAUAUGGAUGAUUUGUCAUGUCAUAAUAAGGAAGUGCAAAGCAUAUACAAAACAACCACAAAUAGUAAUAAUAAUAAUAAUAAUGAUAAUGAUAAUAGUAAUAAUAAUAGUAAUAAUAAUCAUAAUCAUAAUAAUAUUGCGAAUGGUACUAAUAACUCUAAACAUCAUAAUAAUGUAUAUUAUAAUAAUAACAAUAAUAUUAAUAACAAUAUUAAGGUCAAUGAUCUUAAUCAUUUAAAAGAUCAUAAUAAUAAUUAUUUCACAUAUGAUCAUACUAAUCAUCAUCGAGAAGAUAAUAUAAACAAUCCAUAUGAUAAAAUUAAAACAAAGAAAAAUUUAAAUACACUAAGAAAUGUAAACAUUUACGAAUCGAAUGUUCAUGCAUACUCUAAUAACAUAUAUAGAGAUAAUAAUAUUGAGAGUGAUUAUAAAAUUCAUAGAGAUAAUAACAUGGAAAAUAAUAAAUAUAACAUAUAUAGUGAUGAUAAUAAAAAUAAUGAUUUACACGAAAAUAUGAAUGAAUAUAUAAAAGAAAACUAUAAAACAACCAAAUCGCUAUAUAGCUAUUUGGAUUUAUCUUAUAAUUGUUCCAACGAAGAAAUAAAAAAGGCAUAUAAAGAAAAAAUUAAGGUGUGUCAUCCAGAUAAAGGUGGAAAUAUUAAAGAAUUUUUACAAUUAAAAUUUUCAUAUGAUAUAUUAAGUGAUAAGAAAAAAAGAAAAAUGUAUGAUAAAUAUGGAAAUAGUAUAUUAGAAUUAUUAAUUAGUGAUAAUAUUUAUGAUUAUAAUAUAUCAUCUGAUGAAAAAACUGAAGAAGAAAUUAUUGAUGAGGAAUAUAUUAAAAUAUAUGAAUUAUUUGUACAAAAAUAUCAUAAUAUAUCAUAUUUACAUAAUUUGUUAGAUUUAAAAAUUACCAACUCUCAAUAUAAUCAUUUUCAGAAAUUAAUUUAUCAUUUUUGUAAUAUGGAUACAAAUAUAUUUAAAAAUAUUUUAUAUUUAUAUCCUAUAUAUUCACCUAAUAUAUCUACAUAUAAUAAAAAAAGUAACACCAAAAAAAAUGAAAACCAAAAUAAUACUACAAUAUCGUUUGAAGAACAAACUAGUCAAUUUUCACAAGAAACAUUAUCUGAAAAUUCUUCAACUAGUCAUGAGACAACAACAAAAGAAAUAAACAUAUUUGAUACUAUUGAAAAAAAAAAUUUUGGAAAUUUAUUUUUUGAAAUUAAUAAAGAAUUUGAUCAUUUUUACAAAAAUUAUUUAAUACACAAAAUGAAGUCAACUAACCAAAAAAAUGAAACUCAAGGGAUAAAUGAAAAUGUUCAAAAUAUAUAUGAAUAUAAUCAUAAGGAUAAUAAUUCGCAUACAUUAUAUGAUUAUAAUAAUGAAAUGGAAACACCACUAAACUCUACUCCUAUGAAAGAAAACAUAGAAAAUAAAAAUAAAAAAAACGACAAUUUUUUUAAAGACAUACAAGUAUCUCCAGUUGUCUAUAAAAUUAUUAAUGAAAAAAAUGAUAAACUUAUGGACGACUUUUAUAAAUGGUUUGAAUAUUUUUUUGAUCAAUCAGAAAAUGACCAGCAACAAAAAAUUCAACAAAAUUGUGAAACAAAUAAAAUAGGCACUGAUAAAUACACAGACAAAAAUAACAACUGUAAUGAGAAUAAUAAUACAUGUUGUGACUACAUAAGUAUAGGAGAAAAACAGAAAAAUAUAGCAAAUGAUAAUAUGAAAAAUGAUGGUAUGAAUAAUAAUAAUGUAUCAUAUAUAUAUGAACAUCUGAAUAAACCAAAUAUAAAACAAAAUAACCAUUACAUUAUAGAUGAAAAACAAAGUAAACAUGUUAAUUUAUAUAAUAUAUAUCAAAAUGAUAAUAAUUUUUAUGAUUUAUGUAAUGAAACACCUCAUCAUAGUAUUAAAAAAAAAAGCAAAUCAAUAAAAACUCCCAUUAUCUAUAAAAAGGAUGUGGAAGAAACUCAAAGAAUUGCUUAUUCUUCUUUUGAAAAAAAAACAUAUCAUUCAUCUUAUAAUUUACAUAAUAAAGAACACAAAUUCAUAAACCAUCCUUAUUGUAGUCCCAUAAAAACAAAUAUAAGAACAAAUAGAUUAUCACCUUAUAUUUAUUCGGAAGAACAAAAUUUAAACAAAACAAACCACAAUCAUAUAUAUAAUUACACAUUAAAUGUUGAGGAAAAAUAUGGAUUUAAUUUAUUUAAAAAAAGUGAUCAUAAAAUAAAAGACUUAACACAUGAUUUUAAUUAUAUUUAUAUAGGAAACAAUAUGAAUAACCAAUCAAAUGAAAACCAAAAUAAAGAAGAGCCCAAAAAAAAAAAAAAAAAUUUUUUUUUCUUCUUAUUUAUAAAACAAGAAUGUAUAAACAAUUUUUUAAAAAUUAAAUUACUUAUACAUAAGAUGAAAGAAAAAAAAAACAAUCUGAAAUUAAUUUCCUUGUUUCAAAAUCAAAUAGAUAAAUAUAUGAAAAAUAUGGAAUAUAUAUUAUUAUUAACAACAUAUAAAGAAGAAUUGAUACCAUUAAAUGAUUUUUAUCUUCUAGAUAAAAAUAUAUAUACAAAACGUUUUUAUUGUAUACCUAUAUAUAUAAAAAAAAAUAAUCUUCUCAUCAGACCAAAUUUUUUUCAUAUCAAAUGGAUUGUAUAUACACUACAAACAUUAAUAUUUUGUAAUUUCUUUUUUAAAAAAAUUAAUAAAUAUAUGUGUACAUAUCCAUUCUUUAAUUAUAAAUAUACUCAUUUCAAGAAAUAUAUAAAUCAACAUAAUGAACAAGAAAAUAACGAUGAAAAUGACAUAACAACGAAUAACACUAAUUUUUAUGACAACUAUAUUUUUUUUCAACAUUAUAUAAUAAAAAAUAAAAUGAAAUAUGUAAAAUAUUUCCCUCAUCAUCUCAUGUUAAACUUUAAAGAUCUACAAUCAACAAAUAUGAAGGAUAAUAAAAAUGUCCAUAUACACAUAUCACCCAUCUUUGUUUUAACACCAAACAAAAUAUAUCCAACUGUAGAUAAUAAAAUGAAUUAA